CUCAAGACAUUUUGGAAUUCAAGGCUCAACGUCCUCAUGGGUGCUGGAGAGAUCUGGGGGCUCUAGGGAGAUUGUGGCUGUCUUUCCUGAUUCUGCAAGCCCUGUGUGCCCAGCUGCGAAUUACAAGCAGAGCUAUGCCCAGUCUGCCCAUCCUGCCCAUCCUCCGCUCGAGGUUCCGGAGCUGGGCUGGAGCUAAAAGAACGCAGUGGUGUCAGUUUCCAGGGUCUCUCAAAGACUUCCUUUCCUAACGCCUGAUUUCUGUCUGGCUCACCAGGCUCCUGUCUGUCCAGCUGAGGGUCCCUAGGCUCCCCCAAGUGGGCAGCUCCUGGGGCUUGUGAUCUAGGGAUGCAGCUGCCGGGGCCCUGUCCCCCUGCACCGUCCCAGCACCACCCCAGCCUCCUCUCCUGCCUCUUCCCACCAGCUCAGGUACCGGACAGUGAUGAGCAGUUUGUUCCUGAUUUCCAUUCAGAAAACUUAGCUUUCCACAGCCCCACCACCAGGAUCAAGAAGGAGCCCCAAAGUCCUCGCACAGACCCGGCCCUGUCCUGCAGCAGGAAGCCCCCCCUCCCCUAUCUCCAUGGCGAGCAGUGCCUUUAUUCCAGUGCCUAUGACCCCCCUAGACAAAUCGCCAUCAAGUCCCCUGCCCCUGCUGCCCCCGGACAGUCGCCCCUGCAGCCCUUUCCCCGGGCAGAACAACGGAAUUUCCUGAGAUCCUCCGGCGCCUCCCAGCCCCACCCUGGCCAUGGGUACCUCGGGGAGCACAGCUCCAUCUUCCAGCAGCCCCUGGAUGUCUGCCACUCCUUCACACCCUCUCAGGGGGCCGGCCGGGAACCCCUCCCUGCCCCCUAUCAACACCAGCUGUCGGAGCCCUGCCCACCCUACCCUCAGCAGAGCUUCAAGCAGGAAUACCUUGACCCCCUGUAUGAACAGGCCGGCCAGCCGGCAGUGGGCCAGGGUGGAGCCAGUGGGCACAGGUACCCAGGGGCGGGGGUGGUGAUCAAACAGGAGCAGACGGACUUCUCCUACGACUCAGAUGUCCCUGGGUAUGCCUCAAUGUACCUUCACACAGAGGGUUUCUCCGGGCCCUCUCCAGGUGACAGGACCGCGGGCUAUGGCUAUGAGAAACCUCUGCGACCAUUCCCAGAUGAUGUCUGCGUCGUCCCUGAGAAGUUUGAAGGAGACAUCAAGCAGGAAGGGAUGGGAGCCUUCCGAGAGGGACCACCGUACCAGCGCCGGGGUGCCCUGCAGCUGUGGCAGUUUCUGGUGGCCCUGCUCGAUGACCCAACGAAUGCCCACUUCAUUGCCUGGACCGGCCGGGGGAUGGAGUUCAAACUAAUUGAGCCUGAGGAGGUCGCCAGGCUCUGGGGUAUCCAGAAGAACCGGCCAGCUAUGAAUUACGACAAACUGAGCCGCUCACUCCGAUACUACUAUGAGAAAGGCAUCAUGCAGAAGGUGGCUGGUGAGCGUUACGUGUACAAGUUUGUGUGCGAGCCCGAGGCCCUCUUCUCUCUGGCCUUCCCGGACAAUCAGCGUCCAGCUCUCAAGGCUGAGUUUGACCGCCCGGUCAGUGAGGAGGACACAGUCCCUUUGUCCCACUUGGACGAGAGCCCCGCCUACCUCCCAGAGCUGGCUGGCCCUGCCCAGCCCUUUGGCCCCAAGGGUGGCUACUCUUACUAGCCCUUCGCAGCUGCUCCCCUGCCGCCGGGGCUGCUGCCUGUGUACAUAGUUGAGUUUGGUGUCGGAGAAACCCCCACUCUGAAAUCCACAGAUGUCUUUGGAGUAGAUCUCCUCUGCCCAUCAGUCACUCUGGCACAGACUCUGAGCUGCUCUCCAGAACUGAUGGGAAGGGAAAAGGGGAGACUUCAAGCGUAAAGGUAGCAUCUGGGAAAUUCCGUUGGGGGCCUCACCUCUGGCCUCUUUCUAGGUCCUGCUUAGAGGCCAAGCACUACUCCCUCUCCCCCACUACAGAGAACAUGUUCGUUCUCUUCUGGGGGACAGAGAAAGAGCUUCCCCACUUCAUCCCGGUGGAGAGCAGGGGACAUUGAGCUCCCCUUAUCUCUCAUGGUAGGGAGACAGCCACCUGGAUCCUGUGCUUCCCUCCAAGCUGUGGCCCUAGAGGGUCCUUCUUGGCAGUUCUUGGUGCUCUGUGUUCCCAGAGGCAGGGGGAGGCUGGAGUAAGGAACCUGGGGUAGGGGAGGGCUUGUCCAGGUAGAGGUGUGGGGGGCCUAGCCUCUGCUCCGGGGACCUCUGCCUCUCCUCUGCCUUUUCCUAGGCCCAGGCCUGGGAUUUCACCUCCACUACAUCUGCCAGACCCUAAUAAAGGCCCCUGCUUCUCCUGUGA